AGGCCGUGGGUCGUCGCUGCAGUCGCCGAGAAAGCAGAGAAAGACGACUCUGCGGGAGAGCUUGGCAAAGCAGGGAGGCGAGGAAGGGGUGUGUGAGAUGAUCGUGAGUGUGUUUGGCGUCGCGGAGGACCUCGAACUUGCGCCUCAUAUGCUACUAGUUGAUUAAAAAAAAAAGAAGAUUCUGGAGACAGCCGGAGUCUCUUUUCUCGAGGUUUUCUCGGCCCUUGUCAGCGUAUUCGGAGCCCGAAAUGCAUGGUCAUGGAGGCUACGACUCUGAUUUCAGUGAUGAUGAACACUGUGGAGAAUCUAGCAAAAGGAAAAAAAGGACCGUUGAAGAUGAUGUACUGCUCCAAAAACCAUUUCAGAAAGAAAAGCAUGGAAAGGUGGUCCAUAAACAGGUUGCAGCAGAAUUGCUGGAUAGGGAAGAAGCAAGAAAUAGAAGGUUUCAUCUCAUAGCUAUGGAUGCUUAUCAAAGGCAUGCAAAGUUUGUAAAUGACUAUAUUUUAUACUAUGGUGGCAAAAGAGAAGAUUUCAGACGAUUGGGGGAAAAUGACAAGACAGACAUGGAUGUUAUACGAGAAAAUCAUAGAUUCCUGUGGAAUGAGGACGACGAAGUGGACAUGAAUUGGGAGAAGAGACUUGCAAAGAAAUACUAUGAUAAAUUAUUCAAGGAAUACUGCAUAGCAGAUCUCAGUAGAUACAAAGAAAAUAAGUUUGGAUUUAGGUGGAGAGUAGAAAAAGAAGUAAUUUCAGGAAAAGGCCAGUUUUUCUGUGGAAAUAAAUAUUGUGAUGAAAAAGACAACUUAAAGAGUUGGGAAGUUAAUUUUGGUUAUAUUGAGCAUGGUGAAAAGAGAAAUGCACUUGUUAAAUUAAGAUUAUGCCAAGAAUGUUCCUUUAAAUUAAAUUUCCAUCACAGGAGAAAAGAAGUAAAGCCCAAAAAAGAGAAGGACAAAAUCAAAAAGGAUCGUAAAGAGUCAUCAUAUAAAAAAUCCAGAUUAUCUUCUGCAGAAGAGACCUCUAAGAAAAAAGAUAAAGGACAUUCAUCCUCAAAGAAAUUGGAAGAUUCUAUAAACAGACACUCUGAUGAGGAACAAAGUACCUCAGAAUCUGAACUUUGGAAGGGCCCGCUCCCAGAGACUGAUGAAAAAUCACAGGAAGAAGAAUUUGAUGAGUAUUUUCAAGAUUUAUUUCUGUGAGAUGGAAGAGAAGCCUACAUUCCUUAAUGUAAAAAUACACUUUGAAACUCUUCCAAAAUGCUUUGUCUACAAGUU